AUGGAGCACUUUGCCGAGCAGUGGUUCCGUGACAACGACUCUCCCUUCGCCAAUGCUGACGCUGCCUUUACGCUCUCCUACGCCAUUCUCAUGCUUAAUACGGACCAGCACAACCCCAACUCCAAACGGCAGAAUGUCCCCAUGACUUCGCAGGACUUCAAGAAGAAUCUGAAGGGUGCGUACUUCUGUGUGUGUGUGUAUGUGCAUCUGUUUGCCUCCGAAACUGGCCAUGCGGCAUAUGCGCUGGGCCAACACAAGGGGCAGCAUCGGAUUCUGACAGGCGUUAUCGGAAUACGCACCACUACGAAUGCCAACACUUUUUGGGGUGCGGUGGCAGACCCAGUUGCCGACAGACGUCGCACAAACUGGGACUUCUGCCGUCCCCCGCAUUUUUGUUGUUGGUUGAAAUCCUGGUCAUUUGCUGUUUGGACUAAGGAGUGUGGAGUGGAACGCCAUGGUGCGGGCUCGACCGUGCCAUCCACUUAUGCUCUCUGGUCGUCUUGA